UGUUUUUUUGUGUUCGGCUUUUGUUUUCAAUAUUUUUUUUACGCGCUUUUUUUCAGAUACGACAAAAAAAAGAGAAAAAUGGAUGAUUUAGAUGAACCUGAUAUCGAAUCAACAACAAACGAUCAACAAUCAAAAUCAACAAUUGUGAAUCCAAAGACUCGAAUUAUUCGCCGUCCAAGAAACAUACUUCGAGUUGAUCAUUUUGUUUCUCGUCGAGGUAUUGCAGCAUUGCCCGAAAUUCUUAGCCAGACAAAAUUCAAAGGUAAAGGACAUGAACUUGAGGAUCUUAAAUUAUUAUUGUUUAAAACCAAACAUUGGGCACAUCGUUUGUUUCCUGGAUUGACAUUCGAAGAUUUUGUCACCAAAGCCGAACAUUUGGGCAAUAAAAAAACGGUGAAAAAUUUUCUAAAUCGUAUACGCACAAAUCAAUCAUUAUAUUUUGCCGACGAUCAUCAAAUGAUUCAUUCAGAUAAUGAUGGCAAUGGCUCCGGUGAUGAUGAUAAUGAUCAACAACAACAACGACCAAAAACACAAAAACUUAAUGAUGAUGGUGAUGGUGAUCAAGCCGCCAGAAAUUUUGACUUAUUGUUUCGAGAUCAUAUUGAAGAAAUGAAAAGCAAUAUUUCUAACAAUAAAAAUGAUAAUGAUAAUAAUGAUAGAACAAUCAACCGAUCAACAACAAAAUCAAACCAAGACCACCAUGUGGAUAAUGAUUUUAUGGAAGAUGUUGAUGAUAUUGAUUAUGAUGAUAUUGUAGCUGACAAAACUGAUGAAACUAGCAGCGGCAAUCAAAAUGAAAAAAAUAAUGAUGAACAAAUUGAACAAACGCUAAAAGAUAAUGUCGAUGAUCAAGAAAAACAAAAUCAAUUUGAAAAUAUUAUUGCUCAAAAAAAUCAUCCCGAAUGAUCAAACUAUGAUGAUCAUGAUGAUGGCAAAUGUUAUUUCCAAUUAUGAAU